GGUUACAAGCAUUCUUCCAAAUCUCGUUCUCUGUGUUCAUUGGAAUAAUUACAUUUAUACAGGUUUGGAAUAAACUGGAGGGGUGAGUAAAUAAGGACAGAAUUUUCAUUUUUGGAUGAACCUUUCCUUUAAGGGACCAUCCCAGCCACAGAAAGGUACUUUAACAAAUACAAUAACAAUUUGCUAUCAGAGCUAAUACUUUAUUAAGUGUUUUAAAAGCAUCGUAUCAUAUGCAUUUGACGUCAUUUAAUUUUGUCAGUAAAUUUACAUUUGGAGGAAGAACUAAUGAUUUAAAAAUAAUUGAACAGAAUAUCAGAACAAACAGAGCAUUGGCAGCUAAAAUGAAGGUAUUAGGUAAAAUGUACAGUGACUGACAUAUCCUUUUUACAAGCCUUAAGAUAUGAAGGGGACCAAAUUAACAAAUGCUGAUGGCGAGAGUAAAAGAGUGACAGUAGUGUUUAGUUUCUCAAUUACUCUCUUUAACUCUCUGUUCCAAAUGAGGACACACCAACCAGAACCAAAAUACUUUGAUAUUUACAGACGCAAAUAAAAAAUAAUAAAAAAUCAACACCAAACACGUCUGUUAAAUUUGCUUUUGAAAUGGGCACAAAACCACUAGCCCCAUUCCGGCAAAUAUUUGCAGAGCUAAUUUGGAAGACUUGGGUCUGUUUCCUUUCCCUGGUUUAAAGAGAACGUGAACAGACUUUGAGUUCAUGGAUAUAUCUGUUCUUAAGGUGCUGACCGCUGGCUACAUCCACACAGCCAUCACUUGUGUGGUGGAACGUCUUCUCUCAGUUCUGGAGAAAACACUGACUCUUUACCAGCUUCAUCUGCAAUUAGAACAGUUGAAGCCCUCAUACAUUAACUCAGACCACCACACACUGGAGCUCUAUCUGUUCAUAGAUGACACACGAUGAGAGCUGUUGAGUAAUUGAUGGGCAUGGACCCGAUAUAUCAGGCAAUUAUAAAUAUUUAAGUUUUAAAUUGAAAAGAGCCGCUUUGGUCAAUAGCAGGAUUUUGGGUCUUUUGUUGAGCUUUUAAAAUGUUAUUCGUAGACGCAGACUGUAACGCAUUUACAUAAGCCACAUUGUUACACCUGUCAACGAAACUGAAAGGCCUCAACAUACAAACAACUUGGGAAUCAGAAGUAAAACAUUAAAAUCAGUUCGCCAAUCCAAUGCGUUUCCUUAAGCGUAUUAAUAUGAUGAAGAGAGAGGAGGGGAGGGCAACACGCGCUCACGUUUGUUUGAGGAGUAGCCAGGCUCCUUCUCUCGCGCGCUAUUUGUGGAUCUAUGAAUGGGAGCGCCUGAGUCCACAGUUCGUUCCUGAGAUUUGUGUUUGCCCAGUCAGGCGCUGUGAAGCUAAAGAGAGCCGGUGGGUAUACGACGCACCCAAUGUGACCCGUGGGGAGGAGUGGCAGGCAGGGAUCGAGAGGGGCAAAAAACUGGCAGGGUGCGGUCUUAUUUACGCCGGCAACUCAGAUCACUUUAAUUCCCGAUUCAAGUGGAAGACUUUCGCAAAGGGAGCUCAUUCAAAGACAGCAGCAGUCUCACUGACAGUUGUCCUAGAUUGCGUCGGAGUCCCACCGUAUCUCUCUUUCUCUCCUAGAAACUGUUAGAUAAAUAAAUGGACUUGCCUGCUCAUUCUCAUUUCGGUGUUUUUCUCGAGAGACCGACGUUUCGCAUUGUGUGGGCACUGAACACUUGGUAUCACUGGAUCUUUUCGCCAUCUCUCCGUGACAGCCUCUGCGUAAAGCGACUUAACUUUUACGCACUGACGAUGACGAGGAUAAGGGCGAUAAAGAAGUAGACAUUUCGUCCUCCACCCCCCAUCUUUUACCCCGUGGGGGGGAAUAAGGACCUACUGGGGGGUAGUCUCGUAUUCAUCGGCGAGCUGUGCCACCGUACCACUCCGUGUGAGUUCCCGGCGCGUUGGGGUGGAAUGCGUCUCCCCGUGGUGUUUGGGUUCCUCAUCGGCUGCGCCCUGAUUUUCGCACCUGUUAACGAGGGCUGUGGGCCGGGGAGGGGAUAUGGGAAAAGGCGGCCUCCGCAGAAACUGACACCCCUUAAUUACAAGCAGUUUAGUCCGCAAGUCGCCGAAAAGACACUGGGAGCAAGCGGGAGACACGAGGGCAAGAUAACCAGGAACUCAGAGCGCUUUAAAGAGCUGACGCCGAACUACAAUCCCGACAUCAUCUUCAAAGAUGAGGAGAACACAGGUGCGGAUCGACUCAUGACGCAGCGCUGUAAAGAUAAGCUGAACGCUCUGGCUAUCUCUGUGAUGAACAUGUGGCCCGGCGUGAAGCUCAGAGUGACUGAGGGCUGGGAUGAAGACGGUAAUCACUUUGAAGAUUCACUGCACUACGAGGGAAGAGCUGUCGAUAUCACCACCUCGGAUCGCAACCGUAAUAAAUACGGCAUGUUGGCACGUCUAGCGGUGGAGGCCGGUUUUGAUUGGGUCUACUAUGAGUCCAAAGCUCACAUCCACUGCAGUGUGAAAUCAGAUCACUCUGUGGCUGCUAAAACCGGAGGUUGUUUUCCUGCAUCGGCGUAUGUCACGGUUGAGGGCGGUACCUUGAAGACCAUGGAUAGCUUACAACCUGGAGAGAAAGUUCUCGCAUCUUCAGAGAGCGACGGCACCGGACCGCUCCUCUACAGCGAAGUCAUCACCUUCCUGGACCGAGAUCAUACCGUACAGAAGCGGUUCUACAGCAUCCAAACAGACUCCGGUGCCACACUUAGCUUGACCGCAGCCCAUCUCCUUUUUGUGUCCGUGGGGAACUGCUCAGGGCCUGUUGUGAGCGGAGCGCUGCGAUCCGUAUACGCCAGUGACGUGCGGCCAGGUCAAUGUGUGGUGUCCACACGAGAACAGCAGGGAUACCUGUCCCGGGUCACUAAGAUCCAGAUCCAGGAGGACAGGGGCGUUUUUGCUCCGCUUACCCGCCACGGUACAGUGGUGGUCAAUGGCAUCGUUUCCUCCUGCUACGCAGCCGUGGACCAGCAAAGGCUUGCACAUUGGGCGUUUGGCCCACUCAGGGUACUUUAUAACUGGGGCGGGCCAGUUGGACAUCAGGCUGUGGGGAUACAUUGGUAUUCCUCACUGCUGCACUGGGUUGGGACUCAUGUGCUGGACCCAACACAUUUUCACCCCUGGAGCAUGACAGACAAUGACAGAUGAAUGCGAGGAGGAAAUGAGAAAUUAAGAGAAGCGUUUGAUAAAUAAAUGGGGAGGAAUUGAACGAAUUCGGAUGAAUUGUCUAGAAGUAGGAACGGGAAAAGAAGAGACAAGGUUAAAUGAUGCAGAAAGGAAGUUAAUGGAGAGAGGGAAGCAGGGGAGAAGGUUUGAAAAACAGAAUCGUUCAUGAGCAAAAUGGACUCUGUCAAGAGACUUAAAAGCAUGCAAUGAUUCUGUGUGUCGACUCUCGUUUGAGAAAGUGGAAAAUGAACUGAUUCCUUUAGCUCAUUUGUAAAGAAAUAUUUAACACUUGUUUAAAUGGGUUUUCUAUACUGCCUACACUGGAAAAUUCUCACAUAUACAGACUCGCACACGCUUACUCAUAUACAGUAUGUCCGUCUGUAUCUCUUCUACAUGUUCACUAAACAUAUCAUUAUAAUCAUUAAAAACAGGUUAACUAAAAACGCUCAUACUCAGGUAAGAAGUGAACCACCGGAACCACUUAUCAGGGCAACCCCACCUGAUAAGGUUGAGGUUUGAGAUGGAAGGCAGGAAGACCUUUUCAAAAAGAAAUGAGAUUGGAAGGUACACAAACACACCCACAGAAACUUCACAGCUAUAGAGAGAGCAUGGGCAAAACAUCAGGAAAAUGUCUAAUACUGCAUAGAAUCCUGCUGUGCUUUCAGGUCAUAACCGUUUUGUUUGCAUUUUUAUGGUCAGUUACGUUUUUCACUGAAGAGACAAAUGUCUUUCCCAUCUUAAUCAGCUAUUUAAUGGUCACACUUUACACUGUAUUUCUCCAUCUAGCAUACAUAAGGGUUUGAGUACACUUUUAUGAAGGUUUAUUAGAAACAUUACGUUAACUCAGUACAAUGUGUAACAAUGUUAUAUGUAUUAGAGUUUAUGCCAGUUUAUGUAGGCCUUAUGUGUGCUUUAUGCAGUAAUACUCAAUUUCCCAUACAAUUUACUGUAUUUAUCUGUUUUGUGGCAUUAUUUACAUUUUACUUAAAGAUGUCAGAAAUUAUAUAAUAUUUGUAAAACUAUUUAAAGAUCUAUUUUUCAGAAUUAAAGAUUAUGGAAAUA